CACCAGAAGCCCAGCGCCAGUCCUAGUCGCAUACACCACCAGAAGCCCAGCGCCUCUUGCUUACCGUGUCGCAUCCUCCAGAUUUCUACGGUAGGUGAUCCGGUGUCUGCAGCGCAUUUUGAGCUGGAGUUUUAGGCGACGGCUAGCUAUAGUUGUCGUUAGCUGCCUGAGCGAUAAUGGGCGAUAGCCAUGAGCGAUAAUUGGCGAUAGCUGCUCGAGUUGCAAUGGCCGAUAGCUGCCUGAGCGUGGGAUUCUGGGCGGCGAAUAAGGCGGUCUUAGCGUCGCUUUUCCAUCAGCCGUCAGACGCGUUUCCCGUGGGAAGCCCCGAGUACGAGGAACUGCAAGAGUUCAUCCCCAAGCUUCUGCAGCACCAGGCGCACGCGCAUGCGCGCAGCCAGCUGAGGCGUGCGGGGAUCAGCGGGGGGGGGAUUGCGGAUGUGGGGAGCGCGAGUGGCGGAAGCAGCGCGUUCAGCGAGAAGGCCGCGCGGGAGCUGGGGUUGCCUAUCAGCUACGACCGGCGCUACCGUGUGAACGUGGCAGUGCUGACUCAGCAUGAGGGCAGGAUGCGGGCACUGGGCAGGGACUGCCCUCUCACAGAGGGCCACGUGGCGGAGUACAGGCGCAUGCUGCACGUGUAUGAGGACUUCCUGGAGAAGCGUGCCAUGGGGAGGCUGAGGAAGCUGCGGGACGACCAGGCGAAGCUCCCCGUGAACGCAUACCGCCAGGAGAUAGUGGACGCCGUGGCCGCCUCGCAAGUCACCGUCAUUGCCGGGGACACCGGCUGCGGCAAGUCGACCCAGGUGCCUCAGAUUCUCCUAGCUGCUGGCUACAGGCGAAUCGCCUGCACUCAGCCUCGCAGAAUCUCCGCUGUCUCCCUCUGCAGGCGUGUGGCCUUCGAGUCUCUUAACGAGUACGGAGCAGGAGUGGCGUACCGAAUCCGGUUCCAGUCGACGGCCACUGCAGCCUCGCGCAUUCUCUUCCUCACUGAGGGUGUGCUGCUGCGGGAGCUGCUGUCAGACCCUCUGCUCACCGCCUACUCUGUCAUCAUAGUGGACGAGGUGCAUGAGCGCCACGUCACCACUGACAUGCUGCUCGCUCUCCUGAAACAGGUGGUGAAUCAGCGCAGGGACGUGCGGGUCAUUCUCAUGAGCGCCACCAUCAACGUGCACACCUACUCCUCCUACUUCCAUGGCGCCCCCAUCGUCACGGUUCCUGGUCGCACUUACCCCAUCACCAUAGAGCACUUGCCGCAACCAGCAGGCGAGACAGGCCCAGCUGCUCCUCCCGCCUCUGCUCCCCCCACCGACUCUGCCAAUACCACCACCACUGCCACCGCUGGCACGGUGGCUGCUGCUGCUGCGGCUGGGUUGGGUCUGAGGAGAGCGGGAGGAGGAGCAGGCACAGGGCGGGUGGGGAGGGACGGGAGGGUGGGCUGUGCGGCGUAUGUGAAGGUGCUGGAGCGCAUUGACCAGCAGUUCCCUGCGGACCAGAGGGGCGACCUGCUCGUCUUCCUCUCAGGCAUUCAGGAGAUAACAGCGGUGGCAGCAGCGCUGCAGCAGUACGCCCAGGACUCCAAGAGGUGGCUCGUGCUGCUCCUGCACUCCUCCCUCUCCUCCAGGGACCAGGACAAGGUGUUUGCGGUGGCCCCUGCCGGCGUGCGCAAGUGCAUUCUCUCGACCAACAUAGCGGAGACGAGUGUGACGAUCGACGGCGUGCGCUUUGUGGUCGACAGCGGGAAAGAAAAGGCCAUGACGCACCUUGCGGAGAUCGGCGGCAGCACGCUGCAGGAGCAGUGGGUCAGCCAGGCAUCAGCAGCGCAGAGAGCCGGCAGGGCAGGACGAACUGGGCCUGGGCACUGCUUCCGACUCUACUCCAGAGGACAGUUUGACACGUUCCGGCACUUCUCCAUUCCAGAGAUCCUCCGCGUGCCGCUAGAGUCCGUUGUGCUGCAGAUGAAGAUGCUGUGUCCAGCCUGCCCCCUCUCGCACUUUGGCUUCCUCGACCCACCGUCCCUGUCCUCCCUGCAUCGGGCCGUGCUGGCUCUCACUCACCACGGAGCUCUCUCCCCACAAGGGACUCUGACCACAGGGGCGCAGCAAGGGGAUGGGGGAGGUGGCUGGAAGGUUGGGGAAGGAGGGGAGGGAGCGGGAGGGCGAGGGGGAAGUGCUGCGGGCAGUGGUGAUGGGCUGAUGGUGACGCCUCUGGGUCGUGUGCUGGCGGGGCUGCCUGUGGACAUUCCACUCGGCAAGAUGCUGGUGCUUGGCUCUCUCUUCCCGCCCAUCGCGCCGCUCAUUGCUCUCCUCGCAGCAGCCCUGGCAGUGCCCUCGCCCUUCGUCCGCCUGCCCGAGACCGAGCAGGGGGAUAAGAUCCGCACAGCUCAGCGCCAGCUCAGCAGCGCUGACGGGGAUCCGUUCACGCUGAUGGCGGUGUUUGGGGAGUGGAGCAAGGUGCAGCAGGAGUCAAGCAGAGCGGCACGCAGGUGGUGCAAGCGGCAUGGGGUGGAGCCCCAGCGGCUGAUGGAGAUGGCGAAGCUGCACCGGCAGUUCUCCCACAUCCUGCUCUCCACUCGCCUGCUGCACCCGAGAGCACAGAGGCGGCAGCAGGAGCAGCAGGGGAGGAAGCGCAGCAGGCGGCAGGAAGAGUGCGUGGAGGAGGGGUAUGGGGGCAUGGAGGAGGACGACCUGGAAGGGCUGGAGCUGAAGCUGGCUGUGGACAUGGACCAUGUGGCAUCGCUGGCCAAUAGGGAGCUGACACGUGGCGACAUUCACCUCAUCAAGUUCAUUGUGUGCUCGGCUCUGUAUCCGAACCUGGCGAUCGCGGAUGCUCACAACGGCAUGCGGCGGGAGAGCGACCAGUUCUUCCACACGAGGCAUGUCAGCAGCGCGUGCAUCCACCCCUGCAGCAGCCUGUGCGGCGCUGAUGCUCCCGUCACUGCGAGCGAGCUCCUAGUGUAUGGCACGUUGUUGGAGACCACCAAGUUGUACCUCUCCAAUCUGAUGCGUGUCCCAUCGCUGCCAGCACUGCUGCUGACAUGCCUGUCCAUCGACGCCUCGCCUGACUGCUCCCGCCUGCUCUUUGACGACUGGCUGCUCGUGCGCCUUGCACCAAUCUCCAUGGAGGAUGCCCGCACACUGCUUGUGACGGCAGUUGCCAUUCGUCAGGACAUCUCCUCUCUCCUUCACCAGCGCCUCUCAGCCUUGAACCCACACACCGUGCCACAGAAGCAGCAGCAGUCACACAUGCCCAGCUGCACAGAACACGAAUCCAGCACUGGAGGAGGGGGGCGGGUGCGGUGGUUGGGGCCUGCAGGGUUGAGCCAGACUGCUCUGGGUGGUGAUGUGCGGGAGUUCGCCCAGGCGCUGUGUGAGUGGUGCGCCGGCUGUGAGGGCCAGGGGGAGGAGGGCGAGGGAAAGGAGGAGGAGCAGGGAGAUGCGGAUGAGCAGGUGAAGGAGCUCGCAGAUCGCAUUGCCACCUUCCUGCAGUCCCCUGUGACCUUCUCCUGCCGCCAGCUGACCCCCAUGGCUGCUGCGGCCCUGCUCUCCCAGGCAGUCGUGUCAGCAGCACCGGGGGGCACACACACAGGCACACACACAGGCACACACACAGGCACACACACAGGCACACACACAGGCACACACACAGGCACACACACAGGCACACACACAGGCACACACACAGGCACACACACAGGCACACACACAGGCACGCACACAGGCACACACACAGGCACGCACACAGGCACACACACAGCCACGCACACAGGCACACAUCUUGGAACACCAGCUGGCACGCCUGGUGUGUUCGGUGAAGCUCAACAGGGCAGUGGUGAGCAAGCAGUGGCAGGGGGUGCAGGGAAUGCAGGGAGUGCAGCGGUGGCAACGGCAGCCGCACUUGUGGAGGAGGCUGAGGCUGCUCUGCUGGCAGCAGAGGCGUCUAAGAGCGGCCAGCCGAUCAUCAAGGGGGGUGUCCUCGUGACGCCAUUCCUGCGCCUCGGCUCGCUGCCCUCACACGAGUCAAGCAUGGCCACGCAGGCGUCGCUGCACAUGCGCAGCCACUGGCAGUGCCCCCUCUGCUCCUCCAAGCUCAUCCUCACGCUGCCUGAAACUGUGGACCACUUGCGAGCGUGCGGCAACCUGCCCCGUCAACCCCAGCAGCUGCAUCAGCCUUCCGCCGCCUCUCUUUCCCAGGGCUUCCUUCAAGGCGCUGGACCCAAUUUUGAAACGCUCGAAGCUGGUGGCAGGAUGCGGGGAGUGGUGGAGAGUGUGGAGGGGAGUGGUGGAGGGGGUGAAGUUGACGUGCCGGUGGCAGCAGUUGGCGACGGCGAUGGUGUGGGUGGGAAGUCAGCCGUGGGUCGGAGGCAGUAUGAGUGCAGUGAGUGCGGUGGCAAGACGUUUCUCUUCACUCCGCCGCAGAUUCUGCAGCACAAGCGGUGGCAUCAAAACCAGAAGUAGGCUUGUGAGCUUGCUUCUCUAGAUGUAAGUCAAUGGAUGUGGAUUAAUUGAUAAGAAUGCUUGUAAAUAUAUCAUGUAGUGCUGU